AUGGGCCACGAGUUCAUUGGUGAAGUAGUGGAGACAGGAUCCAAGGUCGUCACGGUCGUAAAAGGCGACACCAUCAUUUCCCCCUUCACCAUCAGCUGCGGAGAAUGCUUCUACUGUCAGCGUCAGUUAUCGUCUCGCUGCGCAAAGGGCGCCCUUUUUGGGACUAAAGUACUUGAUGGCGCCCAGGCAGAGUAUUGUCGUGUGCCCCUAGCAGACAGCACUGUCGUCAAGGCCCCUCCCUCGAUCGAUAGCAAGAAACUUGUGCUCAUGGCGGACAUCUUCCCUACCGGAUAUUUUGCCGCCAAGAACGCUUUUGCCGGCCUGAGUCAAGAUAUAGUUGGUUCAAGUACAGUCGUUCUUCUCGGCUGUGGACCUGUUGGUCUCUGCGCUACCGUCAACGCACUAGAGUUUCGGCCGCAGCACGUCCUUGCUAUCGACUCCGUUGAGGCGAGGCUAGAUCAGGCAAAAGCCCUCGGGGCCGAGCCUUGGAAUUUUCAGACCAAUAUGCAGGGCAUCAGGGACCGCAUCAUGGAACUCACUGACGGGCGAGGUGCUGAUAUCGUGAUCGAGUCUGUGGGUCACAGUUCAGCUCUUCGGCUCGGAUUCGAGCUCUUGCGUCCAUGGGGAAUCAUCUCUAGUAUCGGUGUCCACAAUGGGGAGAUUCCAUGGACAGGCAACGAGGCCUAUGGAAAGAAUUUGACUAUCAAGAUGGGAAGAUGUCCUGUGCGGAGCCUUUUCAACGAAGCUCUCAAUGUGCUAGCCAAAAAACAGCAUGAUCUCGACUUCAUGAUCGACAAUAUCAGGCCCAUGUCUGAUGCCGUUCAAGCCUACGACGAUUUCCACAACAUGAAGUAUCAAAAAAUAAUUUUUGAGCCUGGCAAGUAA